AUGUCUCAUUUAUUCGAUGACAUGUAUAACAGGACUGCACCAUAUUCUUCUUUUGAUGUGUGUGGAACGCCAUAUAGGUAUGGAUAUUAUCCAUUGGAUGAGAUCUACCAUAAUCAUUCUUGUUUUGUGAAGUUAGUGUCUUGUCCUAAUGAUCGAAAAUGGUUGAAGUUUAAGAGAGCUCAAGAGAAGACGAGGAAGGAUGUUGAACGAGCGUUUGGUGCUUUUAAAAUAUGUUGGCAUAUACUUAAACACCCUACAGUUUUUGUUGACGACAAGAAAAUAAGUGAGGUCAUGUAUAUUUGUAUCAUAUUGCAUAAUAUAAUUCUCGAAGAUGAAGGCAAUGCAAUAUGUGAGUAUAAUGAAAACGAGAUCGUUCCACUGACACAAGCAUUUGAGGUUGGAAGCAAUGAUUACUUGGUGAGGAGAGCAAUAAUUCAUGAUGUUGAGACCCAUCAUGUUCUUCAUAGAGACUUCAAGGAACAUAUUUGGACCGUUGACCACAUCGAUCUUAAUGUCGAGCCAAUCGAUGAUUUAGAUGGCUAA